UUUCUUCUCGCGUUGUUGCAUAUUAAAAACUUGGGAUUUUUGAGUAUUACAUGUUGGUAUGGAUGGAUGUUUUGGAGCAUUUUUUGAGAGGGGAAAAAGAAUUGAGUAUACACAAAAGAGAGGAGUUAUAAGAAAGUGGUGGAAGAGAGAGAGAAAGAGAGGGUGCAAUGGCCGAACAGGGUUGACCGGUUGACGCUUCUAAAUCAUCAGAUUUUUUUUGUCAGUCUUUGGCAGUCUUAUUAUUUUUUUUGUUGUAAAAAUCACAUUAAGUUGACUUUCAUAGUUUUGUAGGUCACAGUUUAAUUAAAUUUUUAUCAACAAAUUAUAUUUUAUAAUUAAAAAACAGCAUUGUGUCACUUAUAUUAUCAAUUAACUCAAAAAAUUAAUUGUCAUCAUGUUGGGUCUGUGCCGGCAAGCGAUCAUCGCUAACACUCCUAAAGUUGGCUCAAGAUGUCUAGGAAGUAUUGUUCCAGUUCCAAAUCUUCCAGAGCUACCACUUAUAAAUGAGCCUGUAUUAACAUACAAAAAAGGUAGCAAAGAACGUUCUGAUCUUGAAAAAGUAUUAUCAGAAAUGUCAUCCGACUGUGUUGAUGUACCAUUAGUUAUUGGUAAUGAAGAAAUACGUACUGAUAUUGUAAAAUAUCAAGUAAUGCCACAUAAUCAUCAAGCUAAAAUAGCAAAAUAUUAUUAUGCAACACCUAAACUUAUUGAAAAAGCAAUAAAAACAGCAGUUAAAAGUCAACGUGAAUGGGAAAAAGUACCAAUUGAAGAACGUUUAAAAAUUUGGAGUAAAGCUGCUGAUUUAAUGGCUGAUAAAUAUCGUCAACAAUUAAAUGUAUCAACAAUGUUAGGACAAAGUAAAACAGUUAUACAAGCUGAAAUUGAUAGUGCUGCUGAAUUAGUUGAUUUUUUUAGAAUUCAUUCAUAUUUUAUAAAAGAAGCAUUAAAAUAUCAGCCAAUAUCACCAAAUCCAAAUGAAACAUUAAAUUCAAUGAGAUAUCGUGGUAUGGAUGGUUUUAUUGCAGCAGUAUCACCAUUUAAUUUUACAGCAAUUGGUGGUAAUUUAAGUUAUACACCAGCAUUAAUGGGUAAUGGUGUAUUAUGGAAACCAUCUGAUACAGCAAUAUUAUCAAAUUGGAUAAUAUUUAAAAUAUGUCGUGAAGCUGGUGUACCAGCUGGUGUUGUUAAUUUUGUACCAGCCCAUGGUCCUGAUUUUGGUGAUACAAUAACAUCAUCACCAUAUCUUGCUGGUAUUAAUUUUACUGGUUCAGUACCAACAUUUAAUAGAUUAUGGAGUCAAGUUGGUAAAAAUAUAAAUAUAUAUAAAAAUUAUCCAAAAUUAAUUGGUGAAUGUGGUGGUAAAAAUUAUCAUUUUGUACAUCCAAGUGCUGAUGUUGAUAGUGUUGUUAUGGGAACAAUAAGAAGUUCAUUUGAAUAUAAUGGACAAAAAUGUUCAGCAUGUAGUAGAAUGUAUAUACCAGAAUCAUUAUGGCCAAAAAUUAAAGAUAAUCUUUUGGAAAUUAGAAAACAAUUAAAAAUUGGUGAUGUUAAAGAUUUUACUGUAUUUUCAUCAGCUGUUAUUGAUGCUGCAGCAUUUAAAAGAAUAACUGGAUAUAUUAAACAUGCUAAAUCAUCAGAUAAACUUGAAAUUAUUGGUGGUGGUAAUUAUGAUGAUUCAGUUGGAUAUUUUAUUGAACCAACAAUUAUUGUAUCAAAAGAUCCAAAAGAUAAAAUUAUGACUGAAGAAAUAUUUGGUCCUGUAUUGGCUAUAUAUGUUUAUAAAGAUAAAGAUUUAGAUGAUACAUUAAAAUUAGUUGAAACUUCAACUCCUUAUGCACUUACUGGUGCAAUAUUUGCUAAUGAUAAAGAAUGGGCAAUUAAAGCUAUGGAAGAAUUAAAAUAUACUGCUGGUAAUUUUUAUAUCAAUGAUAAAUCAACUGGAUCAGUUGUUGGACAACAACCUUUUGGAGGAAGUCGUAUGUCUGGAACUAAUGAUAAAGCUGGAGGACCACAUUAUGCACUUCGUUGGGCAUCACCACAAUCAAUUAAAGAAACAUUUGUACCACUUAGAGAAUACACUUAUGAUUACAUGAAAUCAUAAGUAAAACUCCAUCAUUCAUAAAAGAUUAAAAAAAAAAAAAACAAUAAAAAUACAAAUAAAAUAUUUUCUAUUUUUUAAUUGCUAAAUUUGUAAGAUUAAAACAAUUUCGUGUUUUAAUAAGAUAAGUGACAUUGAUGAAUUUAUUAUUAUUUUUUUUUUUUGUAUUUACCAAGAGAAAAAAAUCAUGAGUUUAUCACAGUGUCAUUGAGCAUUUUUUGAAAAUAAAUAUUAUUACUAAAAUUAAGUUUUUAAAUUUAUUUCUAAUUAUUAAAGUACAGAUAUAUUUUAUCAACAUAAUUAAAUUCUUAAAAAACUUCAAUAAUUUAAUUAUUUACAUGAUCAAAUUUUAGUAUUUCCAUAUAUUUUUUUACAAUUUUUUACAAACAAAUAAAACAAGAAGUAAUGUGCAAAUUUUAGAGGGAUUUAAAUAUUAUAUAUUUUUAAUUAAUAAUCAAUAUUAGCUAUCAAAAUAAGAGAAAAAAAAUUGAUUAAUUGAAAAAAGUUUUAUGAAAAAAAUUAAAAAUAAUAAAAAAAAAAUUAUCUUAUAAAGUAAUAAUAAUAAAAAUAAUAUAAGUUUUUUUUCUUCCAACAAAAUUUGGCCUCAUUUACACACUGAGGUUUAUAAAAUAAUAAUUAUUAUUAAUUUUUAUCAUAAAAAAUAAAAUAAUCUAAGAAAAAAGAAUUUUUUUUUUAAAACUUGUCUAUAUUUAAAAAUGAUAAAAUAAAAUAAAAAAAAAAAAAAAUAAUCCACGUCUCGUGGAUAAAAAAUAUGAUAAAAAAAAUAUUUUAAAAAAUGUUAUGUUGAAGUGAGACUAAUUCUGAUCGAGAAUUAGUCACUGAUCUCUCGUGUCGUUAAGUAGUCGAUACAUCAAAAUCAAACGUUAUUAAAAGCACUUAAAAAAAUUUUAUGUAACUGAGUAAAAAUAAAAAAGAAAAUGAAAGUUAUCAAGUUGUUAGCUAUUUGCAAAAUUAUUUUGAGUAUUUUAAUAAUACUCGUUGAAGCUAAAAAUGAUUAUUUAACAGUAAUUGAUCGAGGAAAUUAUUCACUUUAUCAAUAUGAAAAUGAGUUGGCAUAUGUUGUUCAACAUGACAAUAAUAUUGAUACAAUUAAUCUUGGAAAUAAUGGUAUUGAAAACAUUGCAGAAAGAUCAUUUGAAAAUACAACAUUUACUAAAAUUAAUUUACAAAAUAAUAAAUUAAAAAUAAUUAAAAAUAUGACUUUUUACAAUACCAAUGUAAAAAUAAUUAAUUUACAAAGUAAUGAAAUUGAACAAAUUAAUCAAGGUGCAUUUUUUAAACUUGCACUCAAGAAACUUGAUUUAAGCAAUAAUAAUUUAUCAUAUAUUGAUAAUAAUAUGUUUGAUGGAUUAAUUAUUAAUGGAGUAUUAAAUUUAUCAUUCAAUAAAAUUACAACAAUUAGCCAUUUGAAUGUUUUUAAUAAAAAUAUAUCAUGUCUAUUUUUACAAAAUAAUCAAAUUAAAUCUAUUGAGAAGGGAUCAUUUUAUGGUAUGAAAGUUCGUCGUUUAGAUUUGAGUUCUAAUUUAUUAACUAAAAUUGAAAGUGGAACAUUUGAGGGACUUGCAACUGUUGAUUUACAUAGAGGAUUGUGGGAAGGUGACAUGGAAGAAGGUUUAACUCUUUCAAAUAAUAAUCUCACUAAAAUUUAUAAUGAUGCAUUUAGACGAUCAAUGAUUACAACAAUUAAUUUGUAUGGUGUCAGUAAAUAUGUUUUAAUUAAUAAAGAUUUUUGGGGCAUUUCGACAUCAACAGAAAUAUACCCACAUUAAUUGCUGAUUUUUUCAUCAUGAAAAAAAACAACCAGGAUGAUGAAGAAAAACUAAAAGAAAAAAAUUUACAUACUCACACGUCAUUGUAGUUUCAAUAGUACCAUUUGAAAAGUUGUAAUAAAAUUAUUUACAAUUAUUUGUUGGAAAUCAUUUUUAAUAAAAAAUAAUUUUUCAUUUA